CUCAUUAAUUUUUCUAACCCUUCUCCAACCGAAUUUUUUCUUUCUGCAGUCUUAUUAAAAUAAAUGUUGGUGAAGAGAAUAACAUUUAUUUUCUGCAGUCUUAACUCUCAAUUCUAUUAAUUCCAUUCCCCCUUCACAGUCCACUUUUCUCAACCAUAAUUCAACCACCCUUCCCAAAUUUAAUCCAAAAAUUUAUUACCAUCAGCUUAUAUAACAUCAUCAUCUCCUACAAGGAAAAAUUGUGGUGAAGAGAACAACAAGAAGAAAAAAUUCUGCUCAAAAGAUAACAACAACAACAAGGUAUGUGUGAUCAAUAAAGGGUAAAAGUGUUUUUUGAAACAUAUCACAAACAAUAUCCAGCAACUCAACAACAAAACCCUCAUCAUGUUCUUCAAUAUGCAUCUAUAGAUAGGUAGAAAUGGACAAUUGGAAUGAGCAAUCCGACCACACUAGAGACGAAGAUGAAGAAGAUGAUGACAUUUUCCAAAAAGCUAUUUUUGUGGCUGCACUAGUUGGUGAGUAUGCAGUAAACCAUUUAUGCAAAGAACCUUGUCGAACUAGUGAGCUAACGGGUCAUUCCUGGGUUCAAGAAAUAUUGCAAGGUAAUCCCACUCGUUGUUAUGAGAUGUUUCGAAUGGAAAAACAUGUAUUUAAUCUAUUGUGCACUGAAUUAGUUGAGCUUGGUUUAAAGUCAUCUAAUCGAAUGACGGUUGAAGAAAUGGUUGCAAUGUUUUUAGUUGCUGUUGGCCACGGGGUAGGUAAUAGAAUGAUUCAAGAAAGGUUUCAACACUCGGGUGAGACUGUAAGUAGACAUUUUCAUCAAGUGCUUCAUGUCGUCCUUAAGUUGUCUAUGAAAUAUAUUAAACCCGAAGAUCCUAUGUUUCGUGAUUGUCAUUCCAAAAUAAAAAAUGAUCCACGAUAUUGGCCAUUUUUUAAGAAUGCUAUAGGAGCAAUUGAUGGUACACAUGUGUCAUGUGUAGUUAGUGGAAGUGAGCAAACAAAGUUUAUUGGAAGAAAGGGAUAUGCUACACAAAAUAUAAUGGCUGUAUGUGAUUGGAACAUGUGCUUCACUUUUGUAUUAGCUGGUUGGGAAGGUACUGCUCAUGAUGCUCGUGUUUUUGACCAGGCUUUGACAAAUGCGAACCUUAAUUUUCCACACCCUCCGCCAGGUAAGUAUUAUUUGGUAGAUUCUGGCUAUCCAACACCAAUAGGGUACAUUGGUCCAUAUAGAUGUGAACGAUAUCAUCUUCCUGAAUUUAGGCGUUCUAACGGAUUCGCAAAUCAUAAUGAAGUAUUUAAUUAUUAUCACUCUAGUUUAAGGUGCACAAUAGAAAGAACUUUUGGGGUAUGGAAGAACAGAUUUGCAAUCCUACGUCGAAUGCCUAAGUUUAAAUUUGAGACUCAAGUUCAAAUAGUUGUCGCAACAAUGGCUAUACACAACUUUAUCCGAAGGAAGGCAGAAAAUGAUAUGGAUUUUAAUGUUUAUGAAGAUGAAAGCACAGUCAUUCAUCAUGAUGAUAGCUCAUCUAACUUGGAUCAAUCACAAGUUUUAAAUGUAGUUUCGUCGUCAGAGAUGGAUCGCGUUCGAAACAUAAUCCGCAAUGAAAUUAUUGAGCACAGGCAAAAUAAUUAGUAUUGUACUUUAAAUUAUUAUAUCAAUAUUUUAGUACUAUAAUACACAUUAUGUUAGUUUUGUAAUAAUAUUUUAAUACUCUAUUGCACUUUAAAUUCUAUUA